GUCGUCUUCGCUCGAUCCGAUGGCAACACUCCUCGAUCAGAGAUAGCACUUAUCGCACACACACAAACCAGCCCGGAUGUACGGCGUAUCAGACAUUCCGCAAUUCUCCAAUCCUGGAAUGCAUUCGACGGGCACAACAUCGAUCACACCAACAAUCCCGAUGAAAACGUGCUUUCAAGGAUGUCGAGGGAGCACCUGCAAAUUGAACCAAGGGAUAUAUAACGAAAAGUUGGCCACAUUCCCAGGAUUCCGAGCAUUCACGAAAGAUGGAUCGCAAGCUAGCAAAUCCACACUCUGGCAGUCGCCAUGUCGAUCCCGGCUCCCCACGUCGUCGACACUCAUGCGGUCACAGUCCGAGAUCCGAUCAACGUACAGAUACGAUCGGCCUCUCCCAGCUCACCUCGCGAAUCGGACGACGAAAAGAGCCUUGGUCUCUCUCCCGACACCGAAUUGAACAAGCAUGACGUUGUCGGUUAUCAGAGCUCGUCCGCAUAUAGUUCAGAGGACGAUCUUAUCAACAAAUUUUUCGAACCUCCCGAUUCGUACGAGUCGAAACAUCGAUGGGAUCCCAAAGCGACCUGGACCAAGGAAGAGGAAACCAAGAUCCGGCGCACGUUAGACUUCAAGGUGGCCUUUGUCGCCUGUGUCUGCUUCGCCGCGUUGCAACUGGAUAGGGGUAACAUCUCAAACGCCUUGUCCGACAAUUUCAUCAAGGACAUCCACAUGACCACCAACGAUUACAACACGGGAAUGACGAUCUUCUACGUCUGUUUCCUGGCUGCCGAGCUUCCCUCUCAACUGAUUUCCAAGAAACUUGGCUCGGACGUUUGGAUCCCCAUCCAGAUGAUGAGCUGGUCCAUCGUCGCCAUGGCCCAGUUCGCUCUGAAGAACAAGACCGGAUUCUACGUGACGAGGGCUCUGCUCGGUCUGAUCGAGGGCGGGUUCAUUGCCGAUACCAUCCUCUACCUGAGCUACUACUACACCUCUGCUGAGCUUACUAUUCGGUUGAGUUUCUUCUGGGUCUCGUUGACCGCGACGAACAUCAUCGGAGCACUCCUCGCAGCCGGUCUACUCAAGAUGAGAGGUAUCGCCGGUCUUCCCGGUUGGGCCUGGCUUUUCAUGCUCGAAGGUAUCCUCACCUUCUUCGUCGGCCUAUUCGCAUUCUUCUACCUUCCAGCCUCUCCGACCCAGACAGUAACCCGAUGGCGCAAGAAACCCUGGUUCAACGCUCGAGAAGAGACGAUCAUCGUCAACAGGGUACUGCGUGAUGAUCCUACCAAGUCCGACAUGCACAACCGCGAGGGGUUGUCGUUGACCGAUUUGAAGCGUUCGCUCUUGGAUUUCGACAUGUGGCCUGUCUACCUGCUCGGAUUGACGACCUAUCUCGCACCUGCGACUGUUGGCGCCUACUUUACCUUGACUUUACGAAGCCUCGGCUUCAACACCUUCCAUACCAACCUCCUUACCAUCCCCAGCUCGGUCCUCUUCAUCCUCAACAACCUAGCCCUCUCCUUUUCCAGCAAACGGUUCAAAGACCGGCUCGGGAUCGCCUCCAUCGGAAGCUGGUGGCAACUCAUCUUACUACUCGUACUCGUCGUCAUCCCCGAUUCGACCGACAAGUGGGCGAAAUGGGCCAUCCUCUCGUUACUCUUGGCGUACCCGUACGCUCAUCCUAUCCUCGUCUCCAUGCAGAGUUCGAAUGCCGGAUCGGUCCGAACCCGUACAGUCGCCAGCUCGGUAUACAACAUGUUCGUCCAAGCCUGUUCCCUAGUCGCUUCCAACGUCUACCGGACCAACGACGCUCCCUACUAUAAACGCGGGAACAAGGUCCUCCUCGGUAUCGUCGCCGGAAACCUCGUCCUCUUCGGGUUCGCCAAAGGUUAUUACAUAUACAAGAACCGUUCGAGGGCGAGGAUUUGGGACGCUUGGACUCAUGAAGAAAAGGCGCAUUAUCUUGCUACAACGGAGGAUAAGGGGAACAAGAAGCUGAACUUCAGGUUCGAGCAUUAAAUAUUUUCGUGUUUCUGAUGUCAGAUGGGCUUUGUAGUAUAUACAACUAGAAUGGGAAAAAGUAUUCAUCAUUGUUCCGGGGCGAUUUUUAUGGUUGAGAGUUAGACAUG